AUGGCUCAUCAUAGGCGUGGUCGGGGUGGUGUCCGAAUGGAGGGCCGUAACUCUACAGACGACAUGGAUGAAAUUAAAAGAAUGAUUCAACAACUCACUGAUCGUGUCGCUCGCAUCGAGACUCAAAGCCAUGGUGGUGAGAGUUCCGACGGGGAGGGAGACGAAAAUCCCUUUUACAACCACAUGCCGAUGGAAGGUGUGCAAAGGGGACGAGAUCAUUAUGGUCGAAAUUUCGACAUGAAAGUAGACUUACCUGAGUUCGAGGGAAAGAUGCAACCUGAUGACUUUGUUGAUUGGCUCAAUACUGUUGAGCGUAUAUUUGACUACAAAGAGGUGCCGGACGAGAAGAAAGUUAAGAUCGUAGCCAUUAAAUUGAAGAGGAAUGCCUCUGCAUGGUGGGAGCAGCUAAAGACUCGGCGUGAUCGUACCGGAAAAUCCAAAAUUAAAAGCUGGGAGAAAAUGAAGAAAGAGCUAAAGAGAAAAUUUUUGCCAGAAAACUACCGUCAAGCAAACUUCCUGAAACUUCAUAAUCUGCGACAGGGAAAUCGGACUAUUGAGGAAUAUAUUGAAGAAUUCGAUCUCUUAACCAUGAGGUGUGGACUCGUCGAAGAAGAAGAACACACAGUUGCACGUUAUCUGGGGGGGAUGCGUAGAGAACUUCAUGAUGUGGUGGUCUUACAGCAAUACUGGAGUUAUGAUGAUGUCUUCAAGUUAGCCAUACAAGUAGAGAAACAGAUAAAGACACGGUCACGGCGUGUUGGAAUAGAGGGUUCUGAGCAAAAAAAUUCUUGGAUGACUAAAGGCUCAUCAAAUUCUGAGCCAGGGAAGCAUGAAGCACCUAAGACCAAUGCACCAGAGAAGUUUACUACCAGCAAACCGAAAGGGAUCAAGUGUUUCAAAUGUUCUGGCCUAGGACAUAUUGCUUCUGAAUGUCCUAACCGAAAAAUUGUCAGUUUGGUUGAGGAAUUGGGCGAAUCUAGCGGUAUGUUAAAAGAGAUGCUGCCUAUAUUUGAUAAUUAUGGGGACAAUGAAGAAGAAGAGAUCACAUGGAGUGACCAUGGAGAGUCCUUGGUGAUUCGAAGGAUAAUGAAUGCUGCCAAGGUGGAGGAGAACUCAGAUUGGCUUCGGAAUAAUAUAUUCCAUACCAAGUGUACCUCUCAUGGAAAGGAGAUGGUUGAUAAAACUGAAUUUGAAGACUGA